CAAAGAAAAAGAAAAAGAGAAAAAGAGUUCAUUUUCAACACUUCAAUUUCAACGCUAAACUUGCAAUUAUUUUUCGCAUAUAAAAACAAAAAAGCACUGCACUUACACAUAAAAUAAUAAAAAAAAUUGAACAAAACUGUGAUUUCCAAAAGAAUAGCAUAAAUUGUGUAUAAACACAAUUCCUAGAAGACAAAAUUGAAAUUGAACAGCCGACAGAGGAGUACAUAAAUACAAAGCGCGAAUAAAAUUCUUUUCUUUUGCCACAAAGAGAAAAAACGUAGAAUUGCAAAAAAUACACAAAAAAGAAGAAGAGUAGUAGCAGAAGCAGCAGACGAAGGCGAAACCACACUACAUUGGAUGGACGCAAAGAAGUGAAGGGGAAAUAAAAGAAAAAAGUAACGCCAAAAAUAAAAAUAAUUUCUAUUUUUUUAAUAAGAUUACAAAAUUCGUUUGAAAACAAUUAACGAAACUAAAACAUAGCUUUUAAAUUAUCUUGCAAAAGAAACAAAAUCAAGUAAACGACGGGGGCAUUUAUCAUCACUUUGGUUAGCUAGCUGUGUGUGUCGAAAGGGCGAAAUAAAAAGCAACUGGAAAAAUCUUUGGACACAACAUCCUUUAACUAUCUACCAUCCAAAUAUAAAAAAUUGCAGCCUUAGCAUUUCUCCCCCAACAAAACGAAGAAUCUUAAAAAAACAAGCAAUAAUACAACAAAGUGCUUUAUUUAACUGGAUAUUGUGUCAAAAAAUUGAAUCGUCAACGGAUGAUCAAGUAAUUUUUAAACAAUUGUAAUAGAAAAAGUACACGUUAUCACCAAGUUCUUCAUUGAAAAGUUGCUAUUUGGCGCUAUUUUUUAAUCAAUUUUCACAAUAAGCAAAAACAAAAAUACACUUACUACCACCAAAAAUUAAGACUGUAGUACAAGUCUGUGUAAGCGAGAAACAACAAAACGAAAUGGUAAUGGAUGCAACUCAACCCCAACAACCAUCGCCACAAUCGGUUGGACGUGAAUUUGUCCGUCAGUACUAUACAUUGUUGAAUAAGGCUCCAAAUCAUUUACACCGUUUCUACACUAACAAUUCUUCGUUUAUACAUGGAGAAUCAACUCUUGUUGUUGGUCAGAAGAAUAUUCACAAUCGAAUCCAACAAUUAAACUUUCACGAUUGUCAUGCUAAAAUCAGUCAAGUAGAUGCUCAGGCUACGCUGGGCAAUGGUGUUGUUGUUCAAGUUACCGGAGAAUUGUCUAAUGAUGGCCAGCCAAUGCGUCGUUUCACCCAAACUUUUGUUUUGGCAGCCCAGUCACCUAAGAAUUAUUAUGUGCACAACGAUAUCUUCCGUUAUCAAGACAUGUACUCGGAUGAAGAGGCCGAUGGUGAAUCUCGUUCUGAAAAUGACGAAGAACAUGACCAACAGCAACAGUUGCCCCCGCAAGUGCAAACCGUUGUUGCAACAAACGCUACUAACGACCAGUCUGGUCAAGCUGUGAAUACUACAAACGAACAGCAACCACUGGCGGGCCAGGUUUUGUCUGGCGGCACUGGAGGAGGCGUAUUGCCACAGCAACCAACACCUCCUGUUUACUACUCGUUGCCAACUGCAAGUGGUCGCCCUAUUACAGUUUUGCAACCUGCUACCGGUGUAGCUCCUGUUCCAAUGGCUGCGACAAAUUUCACUAAUGCUACCGGCGUUCCACCACAACAACAGACUGUGCAAACUAAUGCUGGUGGAGUUGCUCAGCAGUUAAAUGGAGUUGUUUCCCAUGAUGAAAUAAUAUCAACCAUGCCACAGGCAGUUGCUGCAGCCCAGCCGCAAUUAGCCAAUCAAACACCUUCGCCUGUUGUACCACAAGCUACAGGUGUAGUUUCAGUGGGAAAUACACCCGUUCUUAAUGCUCAAACUCCUGUUGGUGUCGCUGGUGUGCCUGUAGCAAGUGGUACAACUACUACCGCUUUGCAACAAACAACUGGAAGUGCCGCUAUGCAAAACUACCAACAGUCACCUAUCAUUCAAUCACAUAUCCUUCCGCAACAACAGCAAUCACAACCGCCACAACAGCAACAGCAGAUACCAACACCAAUGCAACAACAGACUCCACUACAAAACACACCCUCUCAACCUCCACAACAGCAAUCUAUACAACAUCAGCAACAGCAAACUCAAACGCCUCUUUCCUCUGUUACAAAUCUAACUGAUGCGGACGAAUCAUUGACAGCUAAUCAAGCAAACACUGUUUCUGCUUCGCCUGCGACGGUGUCUGAGCUACAAACUCGCCCUAACACGGCCGCUAAUGUUGUUGCCAGUGGCCAAACUGUUUCAUCAUCACCAAACACAGUGCUUGAACCUCCCACACCAGCUCCAGUAGUUGAAGACUUUAAGACUAUCAACGAACAGCAGCAACAAGAGAAAUAUGAAGCUGCUAAACAACAACAGCAACAGCAAAACGAACCCAAAACGUAUGCCAAUCUAUUUAAAUCGUCAUCUUCCUCGCCCAGUAGUUUUGUUAAUGCUGCCAUGCAACAGCAACAGCAAAUUCAACAGCAGCAACAACAAUCUGUUGGUGGCAGUAGUAUGUAUGGAAAUAAUGCGUCAUCCAUUAAUUCUAGUUCAUAUUCUCAGUCGGCUAAUUCCACCACUUCGAUGUCAGUUUACAGCAAUCGCAAUAGUGAUAAUGGACCUUCUAUUCGCCAAGAUAAUAAUAAUGGACAAAUUGCUGGACCAUUGCCCCAACGAGGAAAUACAAAAGGAUUCAAUAAAGAUUUUGAUCAACGUCGUACUAGCAAUUCCCAACAAUUUGGCGAUAACCAACAACUGUUCUUGGGCAACAUUCCCCAUCACGCAUCCGAGGAAGAACUGAAGUCUUUAUUCAGUCAGUUUGGUUCUGUAGUUGAUCUAAGAAUUUUGUCUAAGAGUAGCGGCAAAAUCCUCCCUGGUGGUAGAAAUCCAUUAAAUUAUGGUUUUAUUACAUACAGCGAUCCCGAAGCGGUACAAAAUUGCCUGGCUAAUUGUCCCCUAUACUUUCCGGACAACUCUCCGGAUGGACAAAAAUUGAACGUUGAAGAGAAAAAACCUAGAGCGCGUACCAACGAUAUGCCACCACGCCAAAAUAUGGGUGGCAGUGGAAUGAAUAACAUGAACAAUAACCAGCGUAAUAUGUCUAGUGGUGGACCCCCAUCACGUUCUCUUUCGAAUUCCGGUAGUGGAGGUGGUAGCAUGAUGCGUGGCAAUAGUGUUGGUAACAACAGCAGCAUGUCACGUGGUGGAUCUAGCGGUGGCGGCGGUGCCGGUCCUCGCAUGGGUGGUGCUUUUAAUCGCAACGAUAAUCGUACUUCAAAUGGUGGAAGCGGAUCACAAAUGCGUGGUGGAAAUAAUUCACAGACACAAGGAAACAGUUAUGGUGUAAGACGCUAACCAUUAAUAUUCUUUUAUCAUCCACAAAAUCCAGCUCCACCACCACCAUCAUUACAACCACCUCCACCACCAACAGUUGCAGUACCCACAGCAGCUACAAACACAACGACACCUCGUCCAAUGAAUUGUUAUGCUCCAACCGGUACAGCAAUUGUAACAUCGUCAACAGCAGCAGCUCCUCCGCCUCAUUAGAAAUCACAGUAUCUGCAAACUUUUUGUGGGCAUUCUUCUUUAUGAUCAACGAACGCAACGGAGGGAUAGUACAGCUUUUAUUAAACGUAAUCUUUAUAAGAUAUACGCGUAAGCGACUUUUAGCGUUCCUUUUUAUUUAAAUAUUUUACAUUAGUAUUUUAAGAAUUUUAUUUAAAAUUAAUAAUACAAAGUAUUUUCUUGUGUAUUCUUUGUUUUGAUUUGCCCAAGCUGCCUUUUGUAUGCACGCUGUCCCUCCGCCAAAUUGUUGGUUUUAUAAGAAACUCUGCAACGAAAAGAUAAACUAAAAAUCUCUAAAAUUAAAUUGUCAACACAAAAUGCGCAAAUUAUUAAGUAAUAUUGAAAUAAUUUUUUGUUAUUACUUAAAUAUUGGCGAAAAUGAAGUAGUUUACCCUUUCAAAAAAUAAUUGCCCAUUGGUUCAUUGUCUAUGCGGCAUUUCUAUCUAAAGAAAAGAUAAUUUGUGUAUUUUGUACACCGUAUGUAUUGAGUUUUUAGUUUAUUGUAUGUUUCAAAAAUAGAAAUUACGUAGGCCAAAGAGGUGUUCACGAAAAGAUGUUCUUGCAAAAAAGUAAUUUUUUUCGGAUAUAAGAUUUUUUGUUUUAAGACAAAAAACUAUAGAAAAACCUGUUGUUUAAUGAUUUAUCGUUUCAUUCCGCCAUCCAUUUAAAACCUCUAAACAAAAAUUUCAUAAAACGCUAAAACACACAAUCAUUUCUUUAUUUUUUGUAUCUAAAAAGAAGAAAAUCGAAAAUGAAAUAUUUUAUAUUUUUUUGUUUAAGUACAUAAUUUUAAAUUAUUGUUAAACUUAUUUUGUUUUCUAAAUUCAAUAUCUUUCUCAUUUUUUUUUUUCGAAACAACAACACACUCAAAGACUAAGAGCUUUUUUAAAGCUAUUUAUUAAGAGUACGAGAGAAAACCUCGGCGGCGCCUUAAAUUAAAAAUAAAAUUGUAUUGUCCUUCUCAUUCGUACACUCUCCUCUACUCUUAUACAAAAUAUAUAACUAAUAUUUCAAUCAAGCUCUCAUUUUUUAAAGGAAACAAAAUGUAGUAUCAUUAAUUUAAUGAAAACCUGUUUAAAUUUAUCUUCUUUUUUUAUAAAAUGAUAUUGAAAUGAAAUUAUUUUUAUUUAAUAAUAACAUUUUUAAUUUAUAAAUUUUUAUUUUUUACUUUUAAAGAAAGAAAAAAAAAACAACAAAUACACAAAAACAUGAUGUAAUUAAAAUAUAA